AGGGAAGGGCAGUCAGUAAUGUCCGGGAAGAUGUGAGAGAGAAAUUGGCAGACCGCGUGAAGGUCAAACAGCUCCUCAUGCCUGUCCUCCAAAAGUGCACGGGGGGGAAUACGGAUGGAGGGGACAUCACCCCCGGCAGGAGGAGGCGGGCUGCUACACCAAAGUUGGAGAGCCCUAAAACGAGGAGGGACCAGCAUGUGUGGGACUUUUGUCCCCACCUUGCAGCUGCAGCACUUGGGGUUUGGAGACCAACCUGGUACAGUAUGAAUUUUGUCUUGCCAGGCUGGCUGAACCUGAGGAUGGGGAGUCAAAACUUUGACUCUUGUCAUGUUCUUGACCAAGGGCCUCCAGGGUCCUUCCCUUUCAUCCUUCCCUUCCCACCCCACCUUCCAACUAUGCUUCAAUGCCUUUUCCAUCAUGUCUCUGAACUUGUAAGCUUCAAUCAUAGUGACUCUGAGGACUGUCAACUUCUCCUAGGGCAGAUUACCCCCCAGUGCGCCAAACGCCAUAGCUCACUCGAUAAGCUAUGGAAUCGAGUGAUUCAACUUUCAGAGGAAAGCUGACGCUGCAAGCUACAACAUAUCCGAUUUUCAGAUCGUUUCAUCGAUUGGAGUUUUGGAUAUAGCUUUUCGAAGGUCGCGAGUUUUCUGGGCGUCAUAACGAAGUGCUGCAGAAAUUUCCAAGGAGCCAUUGAAUCAUCUGCUUAUAGCAUUCUCUAACCAACAAGUGGUAUCAGAGCCCAUUAUCACGCAUUUGGGACCUAAAUUACGAUGGGAGAUAAGGAGGACUCUGGUGGAGGUGAUACUUCAGUCCAAGGAGGCAGCUCAACCCAAGAUUCUGGCAUUGCAGCACGAAGGGGAGCGCGUACAAGCCAGGGGUCACUGCUUAAGGAGGUGCUGAAGAACUUCACCAUUGAGAAGUUCUCUGGAGAUGGCUAUGAUGAUUGGGCAUGGAAGAUGCAGCUCUACUUUCGACAAAUUGGCCUCUUGAAGCUCAUGAUUGGAACGGAGCCCAGGCCAAAGGAAAUGGCAGAGCAAGCGGACUGGGAUGAACGUUCAUCUGCUGGGUAUUAUCUACUGUCACAAAGCUUGGAGCUGAACCAGAGGCAUCACAUCAUGCAUCUGCUACCGGAAACUGAUUGUGGGCCCAAGGCAUGGGCAGUGCUCAAGGACCUGCACGCUCCGACAUCGGUUGCCGCUUCUCUCAUGCUGGAUCGGGAGCUGUCCAUGCUGCGGUUGAGCGAGAAUGAACCUGUGCAGCCCGUUCUGGACAAGAUGAGGGAACUCUACGCGAAAUUGGCGAUUGCGGGCAUCACGUACCCUGAGCAGACUAAGUGUCUCAAGAUGCUCAGCCUGCUGCCCGAGUCUUGGCUGCAAUUUAUAAGCGGACUCAGCUUGCCACAAAACCAAAGUCAAUGGACAUUGGAGUGGAUUCGCACCAAGAUUCUGGAAGAAGAUUUUCGUCGCUACACACUGCGCGGAGGUGAUGACAGCACCAGCGGCUAUGCCAUGCAAGGGACAUGGAGGGAUCGAGGGCGUGGCAAUCGCGGUCGCUCUUACUACAGCCAAGGUGGUCGCGGGACUUGGAACCAGCGGGGGCGUGGUGGCGCUGGUGCAAGAGGAAGAGGUGGUCACUCCAACAAUGACAACAGUGAACCACGCUUGAGGGGAGAGUGCUGGUAUUGCAAGGAAGAAGGGCAUCCAUGGUUUCGCUGCUCUACCAAGCCCGACUGGUGGACCCCUUGGAACCAAUCACAAAAGGGGAAUGGAGGAAAGCAACCACGUGGAGGUGCCAACAUGGUAGCUGAUCCUGCUGAAGAAACCUCCAAGGAUGACAGAGGAAUGGGAAAUGAGGAGAGGAAUGCUGGACAGUUCUACCAUGUGUGUGACAAAGAUGACAGUGGCACGGCUGUUGCAAGGGCUGGAGAGGAAUUGCACCCGCUUGACAUGUGGGUCAUGGACUCUGGUGCUGCAUGGACAAUGACACCACUCAAGGAUUUGCUGGAUGCUGUGCGAGCGCCUCCAAUCUCUGAAGUGCGCUCAGCAUCCGGACAUGCAGUGAAGGUCGCUGGAGUUGGUCGAGCUGCAUUCAGAGCACCUGAUGGUGGACUGGUUGUGCUGAAGGAUGUGUUACUCGUACCGGGGCUGAAGGCCAAUCUGAUAUCGCUGCGCAAGCUAGGCCAGGCCGGAGUCAGCACCACCACCAAUGGAUCCAAAACAUUCAAGGGGCUGCAAGGAGAUCGUGUGUUAUGGGAUUUACACGAAAGCAGGGAUGUCUUCAGAUCCAUGUGGCAGAUCCCUGCGCUGAUAUGGGAAUCAACAAAGAAGGAGCUGGGAGUAGUAAAGGCGGGAUCUGGAGUCCAGGGGGAGUGCAAUGCAGUUAGUGCUGCAGGAGUGAUGGUUUCUGCAAGGUCGGGGGAGACUGAUUGGGAAACCGCACACAGGCGUCUAGGGCAUGUGGCUAUGCCAUUGCUGCAGCAACUGCAUAAGGAAGAAGCAGUAAAGGGGCUGAAGCUUUCUAGGCAACCAAAUGAUACCAAGUGCGAGACGUGUCUGCUGAGCAAGUUCACACGGUUCCCCUUUCACGGCGUAGCUGGGAAAAGCAAGGCAGCAUUGGAACUGGUGCACAUGGACCUGGUAGGACCUUUUCCAGUUCAAGGAAGAAAGGGGGAAAGAUACUUCCUAACAAUAGUUGAUGACUGGAGCCGGCUGAUGUGGGCAUACCCGUUGAAGCAGAAGGAUCAUGCUGCCUCAACAAUACGAGAUGACUGGCUGCCGUUCGUCGAGCGACAAUCUGGGCAACCAUGCAAGAGCAUCAGAACCGACCGAGGUGGAGAGUUUCUAGGAGGAGAUCUGACUGCGUGGCUCAAGAAACAAGGCAUUGAGCAUCAGCUAACAACGUCCUAUACCCCUCAGUCAAAUGGCGUUGCUGAGAGGGCUAAUAGGACCAUCCUGGAAACUGCGCGAGCGCUGCUGAUCGAAUCAGGGCUGGGGAACUCCAUGUGGCCUCAUGCGGUGAGGCAUGCUACAGUGGCAAGGAACCGCGUACUCACAAAGGUAGCUGAUGAUAUGUGGGUGCCGCUGGAGAGGUGGCUUGGAAAGAAGCCUCCAGUGGACAUGCUCAGAGUGUUCGGAUGCAUGGCAGUGGCGCAUGUCCCUAAACCGUACAGGACAAAGCUUGGAGCAUCUGCACUGUGGUGUGUGCACCUUGGGCUUGCGGCAGAGAGCAAGGGGUGGCUACUCUGGGAGCCCUCAAAGAAUGUGCUGUUUGACAGUCGGGAUGUCAAAUUUGUGGAGAACAUCAUGUAUGGCAAGUGGGAGAAGCAGCCGGAGGCAAGGGUCACCCAGCAGCUGGAAGAGAUCACUAUGCACUUCGAUUUGUCCGAACCUGAGGACAGCGAAGUCACUGCGCCAACGGCAAGCGGUACUGAUGAAGGAAGCAAUGAGGAUAUUGCAGCUGAUGCUGAAGUCAAGGAUCCGGAGCAGCAGCAGCAAGAGGCUUCCAAAACACCAAGUCUGCCAAAGCGAAGGAAACAGAUUGGUGGGGGGACAAAGGAUUGGGUGAAGGUGAAAGAAUGGGUAAAUCCAACCAUCUACCCUGCACGUACCAGAAUGGCAACAAGAAAGCUGCUGAGCUCUACAAGUGAAGGAGCCACAACUGAGCAGCAGGAACAGGCUCAAGGCGAAGAUACAGUGCUGUUCUUGGGUGAUGACCAAGAGUCAGAUGACGAAGAGCCUGCAUACUGCUUUUACGCACCAAUACAACCUCCGAGCAUGGAUCAUGCGCUAGCCGGGCCUCAACGGGGGAAAUGGCUCGUUUCAAGAGAUGCAGAGUACAACAGCCAGAUGGAGAACCACACAUGGGACCUGGUGUACUUGCCAAAUGGGAAGAAGGCAAUACAGUGCAAGUGGCUGGCAAAAAUCAAGACGGAUGAGAAAGGAGAGCCAUCAGUUUACAAGAGCAGGCUGGUGGCAAAGGGGUUUCAGCAGAAAGCGAAGGAAGAUUACAAAGAAGUGUUUGCCCCAACUGCUAAGUCUCCAACGCUACGUGUGCUGCUGGCGGUAGCUGCUGUGCGCAAAUGGAAGGUGAAGCAGAUGGACAUCGUAACCGCUUUUCUGUAUGGCAUUGUGGAAGAGGAGGUAUACAUGGUUCAACCACCUGGCUAUGAGGAUGGAACCGGUCGUGUCUGCAAACUUAACAAGGCCAUCUAUGGCUUGAAGCAGGCCCCGAGAUGCUGGUACAACAGGCUGGCCAGUGCACUGGAAGGGAUUGGAUUCCGUGCGAGUGCAUGCGACGAGAGCCUAUUCCUGAUGAGCGAGGGGGAGUCGCUUGUGCUUCUGCUGGUGUACGUGGAUGACAUCCUGCUCUUCAGCAGCAGUGACAAGGAGAUCGAUGGGGUGCAGCAGAAGCUCACAGAGCAGUUCAAGUGCAAGUCACUUGGAGAGGCAAGGUACUACCUGGGAAUGCACAUUGAGCCGCAUACUGAACGUGGCUGGCUCAAACUGCAUCAGGGACAAUACAUUAACACCUUGGCUGAGAAGUACUCUCUGCAGGAAGAACGGGAAGUGGUCACACCUUUGCCUUCCGAGUUCAAACUCAUAAAGGCAGCUGAAGGAGAAGGAGUUGAGAGUGAAGACCAGAGGCAAUUCCAAUCCAUGGUCGGGAGCCUACUCUACGCUGCUGUGCAUACUCGGCCUGACAUCAGCUUUGCUGUGGGACAGCUGGCUCGAGUAGUGCAAAAUCCAACAGAAGAGCAGUGUGGUGCAGCGGAGAGAGUGGUGCGCUACCUCAAGUCAUACCCUACAGUGGGAGUACAGUAUUCAGCCUCUGCUCAACUCAGUCAGAAAGGAGUUGAAGUUCUCAAAGAGAAGGGGGAGCAGCUUAGAGAAGGAAAGGUGUUCCUUUCCUGUUUUGCUGAUGCCACAUGGGCUUCUGAGCAUGAGGAUUCAUCAUCAGUAGGUGGAUACAUCUGCAUGGUGGGAGGUGGGCCUGUAAGUUGGAGGUCCAAGAAGCAGUCUGAGACGGCACUAUCGUCAGUGGAAUCUGAGUACAUGGCGAUGUUUCAUGCAGCAAAAGAAAUCAUUUGGCUAAGGAGGCUCUUGAAGGAGAUCGGCCAUGAACAGACUUGUGCGACACCUCUGUUCAGUGACAGCAAGGGAGCCAUUGCCAUGGCACGCAAUGCAGUUCUUCAUGGGUUGAACAAGCACAUGAGGAUCAAGUGGCAUUGGCUGCGGAAGGAGGUGAAGCUUGGGACACUGGAUCCGAUCUACGUGAAAACUCAGCAACAGCCAGCCGACUUCCUUACCAAGCGGCUAGCUGAAGAGCCACACUGGCGCUGUGCGAGAAUGGCGGGAAUGUCCUUGAACUAGAGACGGCGAAACAAGCCGACAGUCUGAGGGGGAGUGUGUUGGUGCAUAUUCGUUUGCACGUCAUCCUGUCGUCUGUUCGCAUCAUUUCGUUGCAUGUGUUUUGUGUGCUACGUUGUUUGUGUGGUUUGUUGGGUUUGCAUGUCUUUGCAUAUUCAUCUUGUGCUUGUGCAGAUGUGCUUGGAUUGUACAUCAGAUCGAGCGCAUUCCAACGAGCCAAGAAUUGUUGGAAUCGGAGCACAUAUGAAGAAGUUACGAAGAAAUGUUUGAUGGAUUUGUUACAACUCAUUGGAAGUCCUUGGCAGCUGCUACACCAAAGUUGGAGAGCCCUAAAACGAGGAGGGACCAGCAUGUGUGGGACUUUUGUCCCCACCUUGCAGCUGCAGCACUUGGGGUUUGGAGACCAACCUGGUACAGUAUGAAUUUUGUCUUGCCAGGCUGGCUGAACCUGAGGAUGGGGAGUCAAAACUUUGACUCUUGUCAUGUUCUUGACCAAGGGCCUCCAGGGUCCUUCCCUUUCAUCCUUCCCUUCCCACCCCACCUUCCAACUAUGCUUCAAUGCCUUUUCCAUCAUGUCUCUGAACUUGUAAGCUUCAAUCAUAGUGACUCUGAGGACUGUCAACUUCUCCUAGGGCAGAUUACCCCCCAGUGCGCCAAACGCCAUAGCUCACUCGAUAAGCUACGGAAUCAAGUGAUUCAACUUUCAGAGGAAAGCUGACGCUGCAAGCUACAACAUAUCCGAUUUUCAGAUCGUUUCAUUGAUUGGAGUUUUGGAUAUAGCUUUUCGAAGGUCGCGAGUUUUCUGGGCGUCAUAACGAAGUGCUGCAUAAAUUUCCAAGGAGCCAUUGAAUCAUCUGCUUAUAGCAUUCUCUAACCAACAUGUCAGCACUCCAAGAGGUUGACCGGGUCGUCGCGCUCCUCCUCGAUGAUCUGAACAUAGUGUAGGCGGGCGGUCCACACGGCGGGUGUAAUGACGGCUCGUAGGGCUUUGACUCGGACUUGACUGACAGUGAUUAUAUGAUGGACAUCAAGGUGCACGACGGCUUUCUGGACUGCUACAAGUCCGUCAAGCCUCGGCUCAUUCUGCUGCUCAAAGCGAUCCUCAGCGCUUCCAAGGAAAAGUGAGCAUGAGGGAGAAGUGAGCCUGUCUGUUUAUGAGUCUGAUUUUGAGGCGCCUCAAGACAGUUUGUGGAAAAUGCAAGCUUGUUUAACGUGCUGCUGCUGGUGCUGCUGCUGCUGCUGCUGCUCAAAGCGAUCCUCGGCUCUUCGAAGGAAAAGUGAGCCUGAAACCAGGUGAAUUUUGAGUCGACUCAAAACCAGGUGACUUUUGAGUCGACUCAAAAUCAGGUGACUUUUGGCAACCCACAGUGCCGAAGCUGCCACCCGAUGCCGAGCUGCGAGAGCCGCCACCGCGGCCACCACCACCAGAGGCACCGGGCCACCCCGUUGGGAGGCGGCCCCACUACUGCUGCGACUGUUGCUGCUGCUGCUGCGACUGCUGCGGCUGCGGCUGCUGCUGCUGCUGCUGCUGAGACUGCUGCUACUGCUGCUUCUGGGAACCAGCCCUGGUCCCCUCGUCUGAGCCACCACCCUCGCCUCCACCUCCACCACCCCCACCACCCUUUCCUCCGCCACGCCCCCCCCUGGAGCGGCGGCCACUACCCUGACGCGGCUGCGUUGAGGGGGCAGCGGCGAUCUCAGUGGCAAGGGCUGUCUCAGCGACAGCUGCCGACACAUCAGUGUAAGUACAUUGGGAAGCAGCACAGCCCUCAAAGAUAGGGACUGCCGCAGUACCGCUAGACUGAGCGAUAGUGCGUUGGCGGGUCUCUAUCUCGGACAGGGCGGUGACAAAGGCGGUAAGGGUGAGGUCACUUGGGUGCUAACUAAGGAAGUGGUCGCAGGCAGUGGCUAAGCGGUCCAGAAGGUGCAUGGCAAUGAGGUAAAGGGUAGCGCAAAGCGGCAUCGGGAAGGCAGUGAUCUGAGCCUCAGUGCUAGCAGCGCGGUAGCUAGCCUCAAGUGCACGGAGGUGAAUGGCUAGGUCAGGAACAGUGGAGAAGGUCGCGAGAUCAGGGAACAGCAUGGGGAGGAUCAGGCGGCCAGCAGAGGCGGAAGCGGGCGUGGAGUAGCGCGCAACUACGGUCUCUAAGUAUUCCUUGGCGUUCGCUACAGCGGUAAAGCGGGGACGCUCAGACAGGAGGAGGGCGCGACUAAUGGCAAGCUGUGCUACGGCGUCGCGCGACUCCCAGACAGCGCGAGCCAGCGCAGUAGCAGAAAAGGCCUCACGCUCAGCAGUGGUGGGGGCAUCAGGGAGGGCAGCAUGCGUGGGGGGGCGGGGAAGCAAGCCAUCGACAUGACCAGCCAGGGAGUAACCGUCCUGGUGCUGACCUGUCAGGUGACAAUGAAGGUCGACAAGCCAGGCGUCGAAGUCAAUCGCCCGCCCCUCCGCGUCCAGGCAAAGCACAGCGUCCGCCAUCGCACGACCUCAGCUACACGGCGGCACGGCGACACGGUGGCACGGCGACAAGGCGGCACGGCGGCACAGCGACACUGCUAUACGGUGGCACGACGACACGGCGGCAUGGCAGCACGGCUUCACGGCAGGGCGGAACCACGGCGGCACGGCAAUCGGCUGCACGGCGGAACAGCGGCACGGCGAAAUGGCUACUCGGCGGCACGCCGGCACGGCACAGCAGCACAGCGGCACCGCAGGACGUUGGGGCCGGCAGGAAUGGGACCCGGCUCGAACAGGGGCCGGAGCGGAAGGGGCGGCGAGCGAGCACGGGCCGGCGACCUAGGGACGGCGAAGCAUCGGGUCAAUCCUGGAAUUAUCAUGUGACCCUACGUUCGGCCCAUCUAUCCAUCUCUCCACAUACGCCAUAGCUCAAACCCCCAACGCCAAUUAGUUGUCCAAUCCCAGGAUUGUCGUAUUACUUCCACAAACAAUCACUGGAGAUCUCGUUAAUCCUUGCUCAAGCCCUUCUUUAUUCGCUCCUUCUUUCUUUUUCCCUCGCGUCGGCCCCACAGGAUGAUACGGCUCCUAGAGAUGGUGUUCCCACGGUCUGGCCAUGGAUGGAAUCUCAUCAAAGUACAUCUGCUCACUCAUCUCCCUGACUCGAUUCGUUGAAGCGGCUUGCCACAGGAGUUUGCUGCUGCUGUUUUUGAAAAUGCCCAUUCACGCCUUUGCAAGCAGCCAUAUCGGACAUCGAACCAUCGCGAGUAUGAGGACACCAUCCUGAAGCACAAUGUAACUGAAGAGUUGCUGCACCGUGUUAAGAGCUCGCUCCCGUCGCCACGCAAGUACAACACUACAGGUGCACGGGUGUUCUGUUUCCCCUCCUGUGCCCAGGUCCCUUGGUUGAUUCCUGGCCUUAACCUCCCGCCUUCAUCCCCCCUCAUUACGGCCUUUCGGUUCACUGGCACCGCUGCUGGUCCCUUGCCGAGCUGCCUUGUCUUAACUACUCCACUAUGCCAUGCUGGGAGGAUACCCCACCUCACAGCUUUAGUCCCGCAUGGCCAUGGUCAAGCUGUUUCAUUUGGCUCCUGGCCUCUCUCCAACUCUCAUACUCCGCUGCAUACCACCCCAUACUCAAAUGCACAUGUAGUCCGUCUCACAAACGGUCCAUGUUCCAUGAUCUUCUACCCUGAGUCUUGAAUCUCAUCACUGUUCCGUUGUGCGUGCCCUAAACAUGUGCAUCCUCCGAUCUCUUUAAUUUUGGAUUGUACGCCACAAUAUAACUUCCAGUCUCUU